AUGGCUGAGUGCUGUAUUUUCUGCACAAUAUCGAGCGGCAACGAUGAAGAAACUGAAAUCCUUAAACAGAACAAGGAACUGGUCUGUUUCCGGGACAUCUGCCCCGCCGCCCCCCAUCACUACCUUGUUAUCCCCAAAGAGCACAUUGUCAGCUGUCUCUCUUUACAUAAGAGUCAACACGGUCUUGUUGAAAGAAUGGCGGAAAUGGGAAAAGCUGUUUUACAAGAACAAGGGGUUAGAGACAUGACUCGCAUUCAGUUGGGUUUUCAUAUUCCUCCAUACACUUCUGUACAUCACCUCCACCUUCAUGUUCUCGCGCCUUCGUUUCAGAUUUCAGAGGAGUUUCUUUAUAAAUUCACCAGUGGCCAACGAUUCGUGGAGGCCUACCACUUCCGGAACUUACUGGAGACAUCUUGGAGACUCGAGCAGCGCCUUUCACAUCCUGAAAAGCAGAACAAUAUGAUUUAUGAUGGAUGGACUUGA